AUGCAUUUGUUGUUGUCGCAUCUUGCAUACACAUCCUUGAUCAAGUUAAUAAUUUACUUGAAAGUGAUAUGUGGUUUGUAUUGGCUUGAGAUAGGAAUCAGGGUAAUGGCGUCUUCGUCAGAUUCAUGGAUGAGAGAAUACAACGAGGCUUUGAAGCUCUCGGAGGAAAUAAAUGGAAUGAUCUCUGAAAGGAGUAAAUCGGCCGUAACAGGUCCUGAUGCUCAACGUCGUGCUUCAGCUAUACGUAGAAAGAUCACCAUUUUCGGAACCCGCUUAGAGAGUCUGCAGUCUCUUCUUGCUAAAAUUCAUGGAAAGCCUAUUUCGGAGAAAGAGAUGAACCGGCGCAAGGAUAUGGUUGGGAAUUUGAGAUCGCAAGCAAAUCAGAUGGCGAAUGCUUUGAACAUGUCGAACUUUGCCAAUAGAGACAGCUUGCUUGGGUCAGAAAUAAAGCCAGAUGACACCAUGGCCAAAGUUACUGGCAUGGAUAACCAAGGGAUUAUUGGAUUUCAACGGCAAGUCAUGAGAGAACAAGAUGAAGGACUCGAGAAGUUGGAGGAAACAGUCAUGAGUACAAAACACAUUGCUCUAGCUGUCAAUGAGGAGCUUAGCCUGCAGACGAGGCUUAUCGAUGACUUAGACUACCACGUGGAUGUUACUGACUCUCGCUUACGGAGAGUGCAGAAGAGCCUUGCUGUCAUGAACAAGAAUAUGAAAAGUGGUUGUUCCUGCAUGUCAAUGCUCUUAUCAGUGCUCGGCAUCGUUGGUCUUGCUGUUGUAAUAUGGCUGCUGGUUAAGUAUUUGUAA